UGUCAUUUCCAGUUGUCACGAAGUAAUUUUUCAGGAUCAAAAAUACAAUCCAGCUUUCGGCCUGAAAAUGGCCUCAAUUAUGAAUGUUUUGUUACGAAAAUCAGCCAAUUUAAGCGCCAGCAAGACCCUGCUUAAUAAUUUACCAGCAGUUUAUAAUGUGAAUUCAAACCGCAAGGGCCACAGAUGGAUGCCGGAUGCGGAGUACGUCAAGCAGUUCGAGGGCGUCGUCAUAUUCCCGGACGAUGUCACCUCCAUGAUAAAACAUCUGCCCUAUAACAGUGUGGUGCCGCCGGCUCAGAAGCAGGUGCGCAACAUGAUCCUGAACUUCGGGCCGCAGCACCCGACCGCCCACGGGGUGCUCCGUCUAGUGUUGGAGCUCGACGGAGAGACAGUCCGCGCCGCGGACCCCCACAUAGGCCUCCUGCACCGAGGCACGGAGAAAUUGAUAGAAUACAAGACAUACACCCAGGCUUUGCCCUACUUCGACCGCUUGGACUACGUCUCCAUGAUGUGCAACGAGCAGUGCUACAGCCUGGCCGUGGAGAAGCUGCUCAACAUCGAUAUACCUGUGAGAGCGAAAUAUAUACGCACGCUGUUCGCUGAGAUCACGCGCAUCCUGAACCACAUAAUGGCGAUCGGCACUCACGCGCUGGACAUCGGCGCCUUGACCCCCUUCUUCUGGCUGUUCGAGGAGAGGGAGAAGAUGAUGGAGUUCUACGAGAGAGUGAGCGGCGCGCGCAUGCACGCCGCCUAUAUACGGCCGGGGGGGGUCGCUUUGGACAUGCCUCUCGGCCUGAUGGACGAUAUUUACGAGUUCUCGUCCAAAUUCGCGGAGAGGAUCGACGAGGUGGAAGACGUGUUGACCACCAACCGGCUCUGGGUGCAGAGGACCAAGGAUAUUGGGAUCGUCACAGCUCAGGACGCAUUGAAUUACGGAUUCAGCGGCGUGAUGCUCCGCGGUUCCGGCAUCAAGUGGGACCUGCGCAAGACUCAGCCGUACGAUGCGUACGCGCACGUGGAGUUCGACGUGCCCAUCGGCACCAACGGCGACUGUUACGAUAGAUAUCUGUGCCGCGCGGAGGAGAUGCGUCAGUCUCUGCGCAUCAUCGAGCAGUGCCUGAACAAGAUGCCGGCCGGGGAGGUCAAGACUGACGACGCCAAGCUGACCCCGCCCUCCAGGGAGGAGAUGAAGACAUCAAUGGAGGCGCUGAUCCAUCAUUUCAAGCUAUUCACCCAGGGUUACCAGGUGCCCCCCGGUUCUACGUAUACCGCUGUGGAGGCGCCUAAAGGGGAGUUCGGAAUUUAUUUGGUCUCUGAUGGAGGAUCAAAACCUUACAGAUGUAAAAUAAAGGCGCCCGGAUUCGCCCACUUGGCCGCUUUAGAGAAGAUCGGCAGGAACUCCAUGUUGGCCGACAUCGUAGCGAUUAUAGGAACCUUGGAUGUCGUCUUCGGGGAGAUCGACCGAUAAUGAUGAUGUUCAGCCAAUCGUGUAGCGCGAGAGAUGUGGUUUAUGAGAUUGGUGUUCUGCAGAAAAAAAUUCAAGGCCAGAUUGAAAUGGAAUAAAUAAUAUCUCUCACACUAUACACAAAAUAUUUAUAAGCGCAACGUCUGAUGAGUAGAUAAUUGUACAUUUUUACUAAGUUAUUUUCCAUUUUGUUCACACGCUGGUCGGUUUAUAAAUAAAUACUUGCAUAAAAUCUUCGUUUUCAUUCAACAAUAACAUGGAAUGAUUUGAAAUGUAUUGUUAAAAUCAUGUUGAAUGCAGAAAAGUAUUUAACACAUUGAAAUAUUAGCAAUAAAUGGUUAUAAAUGGAU